AUGUCACCCCAAACCACAGACCACAGACCACAGACCACAGACCACAGACCACAGACCACAGACCACAGACCACAGACCACAGACCACAGACCACAGACCACAGACCACAGACCACAGACCACAGACCACAGACCACAGACCACAGACCACAGACCACAGACCACAGACCACAGACCACAGACCACAGACCACAGACCACAGACCACAGACCACAGACCACAGACCACAGACCACAGACCACAGACCACAGACCACAGACCACAGACCACAGACCACACACCACACAUCACACACCACACAUCACACACCACACAUCACACACCACACAUCACACACCACAGACCACAGACCACACACCACACAUCACACAUCACACACCACACACCACACACCCCACACCACACACCACACACCACACACCACACAUCACACACCACACAUCACACACCACACACCACACACCACACACCACAGACCACAGACCACAGACCACAGACCACAGACCACAGACCACACACCACACAUCACACACCACACAUCACACACCACAGACCACAGACCACACACCAGACACCACAGACCACAGACCACACACCAGACACCACACAUCACACACCACACAUCACACACCACAGACCACAGACCACACACCACACAUCACACACCACACAUCACACACCACAGACCACAGACCACACACCAGACACCACAGACCACAGACCACAGACCACAGACCACAGACCACAGACCACAGACCACAGACCACAGACCACAGACCACAGACCACAGACCACACACCACACAUCACACACCACACAUAACACACCACAGACCACACACCACACACCACACACCACACACCACACACCACACACCACACACCACACACCACACACCACACACCACACACCACACACCACACACCACACACCACACACCACACACCACACACCACACACCACACACCACACACCACACACCACACACCACAGACCACAGACCUCAGACCACAGACCACAGACCACACACCACACAUCACACACCACACAUCACACACCACAGACCACAGACCACACACCACACACCACAGACCACAGACCACAGACCACACACCACAAACCACACACCACACACCACACACCACACACCACACACCACACACCACACACCACACACCACACACCACAGACCACAGACCACAGACCACAGACCACAGACCUCAGACCACAGACCACAGACCACACACCACACACCACACACCACACACCACACACCACACACCACAGACCACACACCACACACCACACACCACACACCACAGACCACAAACCACAUUUUAAUUCUGUAGAAGACAUAUUUUUGACUAAUGAGCUAACAAUAAAGUGA